AUGGCAGGAAGCUCCUCUAACAUCAAGGAGGAGAUAGAAAUGUCCAUGGUCGAAGAGCUGGUUCCUGGAAGCCAUGGGCAAGAUCAUGAGCGUCUGAGGUUAGCAGAAAUGUUGGAGCGUGGAUCCUGGUCCCUGGGUGCUUCUCAGCGGCGACAGAAGUUGGAUUCAAAGGCUGCUGGCUCUGCUGCAGGCCAACCGGUUUGGAAUACGAGUGCCAACCAGCCCAAGAAAGCGUCUUCAAGACCUCCCCAGUGUCCCUACAGCCUCCAAGUUCGGGUCCUCUCUGGACACUGCCAGGGGGCCAAGCUGUCGAUGCCUAAAACUUCGAGAGAACAAGACCAUGGGGACGUCCCUCCUCAGGAGUAUCCUCGUGACUUACAAGCUAUCAGGUUUCGUUAUGAGAACAACCCAGAGGCAGAUAUAAUUGCUGAGAUUGGCCUGGAAGAGCUAAAUGAACUGGAGAUGGAGGUCAUGAGAAGCCAGCUGCGUGUGAUCACUAGGCGUCUGUGUGCCCUGGAGGACCAGGGUGCCACCACUCGCCAAAGGGAAGCUCUGUUCUUCACCAUGCUGCUGUCGGCCUGCCUGGUCAACUUGUGGUUGUGGAUGCGCCAGUGA